AUGGAUAACCCAUCACUUCUUGCUGCCAUAAUGGGGGCAGCUACAUCUGUUAUUGCUUUGGGUGUUGUUCUUUUGAAAGGACUAAGAUCUAGAAGAGUUAUGCCUAGAGAACCUCAUGUUAAUCGAGAAGAGCCUGACAAAGAUACACCUUUGGAGAUAAGAAAUAGCAGCAAGUUUAACUCCUAUUUUAAGGAUCGUGUGGGAGCUAUUGAUGGAACUCAUGUUCGUGCAUCUGUUCCAAUUCAAAUACAAGGAAGGUUUCGCGGCAGAAAGGAUGGAACAACACAAAAUGUCCUCGCUGCUGCUACCUUUGACUUAAAAUUCACUUAUGUAUUAGCUGGUUGGGAAGGAAGUGCACAUGAUUCACGUGUCUUAAAUGAUGCACUCUCUAGGCCAAGGGGAUUAAAAAUUUCUGAAGGUAAAUAUUAUCUUGGUGAUGCUGGUUAUGGAGUUCGGAAAGGAAUUAUAUCCCCUUAUCACGGUGUUCGUUACCAUUUGAAAGAGUUUAGUGAUAACCCGCCAAGAAAUGACAACGAAUUAUUCAAUCUUCGCCAUUCUUCUUUAUGCACUAGCAUUGAGCAUUGUUUUGGGGUUUUGAAGAAACGUUUCCAUGUGUUAGAUGCAGAACCUUUUUGGUCAUUCCCAACACAAGUGGAUGUAGUCUUAGCUUGUUGCAUAAUUCACAAUCAUAUAAUAGGAGUUGACCCUUUAGACUCAAUUAUGAACAAUGGGCUUUGUGGUAGUCCACUUGCAAAUGACAGUACAAGUAGAAGAGUCCAACAAUCACAAAGGGAAGUCCAAGAAGAAAAUAGAGAAUGGGUUCAAACACGGGAUAAUAUUUGUCGUAAAAUGUGGGAGGAUUAUAAUGCUAUGGAGUGA